AUGGCGACCCAAGCACCUACUGAUGACACACCUCUUUUGAAUGCUAAUGCCUCGACUACUACUGAUUCCACAGUACUACCAACAAUGUAUCCAAAACCUAUAACUGUAUUAGUAAUCGGUAUGGCUGGAAGUGGUAAAACCACACUCAUGCAACGUUUAACAGCCUAUGGAUUAGAUACUGGAAUGCGCACCUAUAUAAUUAACUUGGAUCCAGCAGUACGUAAGACUGGAUAUACUGCAAAUGUUGAUAUUCGAGAUACAGUGGACUAUAAACAAGUUAUGAAAGAAUAUGGUCUUGGACCAAAUGGAGCCAUUAUGACGUCACUCAAUUUGUUUGCUACUCGUUUCGAUCAAGUUCUUGCUCUCCUCGCCAAGCGCAGUAACGACCUUGACUAUGCUAUUGUAGAUACUCCUGGACAAAUUGAGGCAUUCACAUGGUCCGCAUCAGGACAGAUCAUCACCGAAUCACUAGCGUCUACUUUUCCGUCCGUGAUUGUUUACGUAGUGGAUACACCACGCACGGCCAGUCCAAACACAUUUAUGUCAAAUAUGCUCUACGCUUGCAGUAUUCUAUACAAGUUGAAGCUGCCAUUUGUGGUAGUGUUUAAUAAGAUUGACGUGCUACGACACGAUUUCGCAACCGAGUGGAUGACGGACUUUGAAGCGUUUCAAAAAGCAUUGGAUGAUGUACAGGAUGAUAGCUAUAUGGGAAGUCUCUCACGUUCGCUUAGUCUUGUAUUGGAGGAGUUUUAUAACAACUUGACGUCAGUGGGCGUAUCCGCUGCGACUGGAGAGGGUAUGCCCGAGUUUUUUCUUGCAAUUAACAAAGCUGCCAAGCAGUAUGAGAAGGAAUACCUUCCAGAUCUACUGGAGCGUAUUAAGCAACAGCAGACAAAAAAGCAUAAACAAGAAGAAGUGACACUUUCAAACGUGAUGGCAGAUUUGAAUCUCUCGACUCCGUCUACUAAGGAAGAGACAAGUAACGUAGCUGCUGGUGAACGUACUGAUUUGUAA